CUUUGUGAAAGCAAAUAAAAUCCAGAACCUUCGUGCAGGGUAGGGUGUCUGAUGAUAGCAGCAGCAGCAAAUCUUGAGUUCCUAUCAUCCUGAAGUGGUGCAAGCAAUAAUGGCCCCUACUACUAUGAGAGCUGCCCGUUACCAUCCUGAUUCGAACAAAUGCUCGGUAGACGAAAUAUCAGUUCCCGGCUUCACGGGAGACGAGAUUUUGGUCAAGGUUGCUUCUGCAAGUCUGUGUCAUUCUGAUCUUAUGCUCUUCGAUGGAUCAAUACCUGCGACUGAGCCAGUGACAAUGGGUCACGAAGGUGUUGGAUAUGUUGAAGAAAUGGGUGCAAAUGUCACGGGGUUCAAAAAAGGCGAUCGAAUUGGCUUCCUUUACAUUAAAGGGGUCUGUUUUGAGUGCGAAGGAUGUCUUGUGCACAACCUGAAUUGUAAACUCGGAACAGCGGCGAUCCAAGGCUUCCAAUGUGAUGGCAUGUUCGCCGAAUACGCAGCAGUGGACUACCGCAACGCCAUCAUCCUUCCCGAGAAUCUCAGUAUGGAAACAUCUGCACCAUACUUUUGCGCUGGAAUUACAGCGUUCCAUGGUGUGGACUCUUGCGAGCUUAAGCCCGGUCAGUGGAUGGCCAUUGUGGGUUGCGGGGGUCUCGGCCAGAUGGGAAUUCGUUUCGCGAAGGCCAUGGGAUUGAAAGUCGUGGGCAUUGACAUCAACGACGAAGUGCUCGCAGAAGCAAAAGAAAACGGAGCCGAUGUAACGAUCAACAGCAGGCAACCAGACUUCGCCGAGCACGUGAAGAAUUUAACUCGAGAUGGAGCGGACGCAGCCGUGGUCUUCAGUGCAGCGCAGGCUGCCUACGACAGCGCCACUAAAGUUCUUCGCAUAGGCGGCGUCCUGAUGGUGAUAGGACUGCCGGCGAAGCCUUUGCAAUUCUCGGCUUUGGAUUUGAUGCGGAAACUGUAUCAAAUCAGAAGUGAAAGCACGGGUCCCCCACAGCAAAUGCCUCGCGCAAUGGAAUUUAUCUCGAAGCAUGAGAUCAAGCCGAAAGUGGAAUUAUACAAGCUUGACCAAAUCCAUGAGAUGAUGGAUUUAAUGAAAAGCGGAAAGUCCAAGACAAGGAUGGCGGUGGUGUUUUGAGGCUGAUAAUACACAGCACGCCAGCUGUAGAUAUUCAAGAUAUGAAUUUAAAUGUAAGAGAUAAAUAAUCU